UCUGCUACACACUGUCCUUCGGCCUGGCUGAUCUCAUACAAAUUCUCUCCUGCUAUAAUUCACUGCCCACAACCCUGCCAAUAAAAGCGAGGCUCAUCCCCGCUGCAGAGAACUUUAUUUUCAUCCCCUGCAGCACGGCCACCUCCUUCUCCUGUGACCUGCCAGCCAUGAAGUUUCUUUUCCUCUUCCUUGUCAUCCUUCUGGCCAUGAAACCACUGGUCUCAGAGGAGUGUUGGAUGGAUGGAAAAUGCCGGUUGGUGUGCAAAAGUGAUGAAGACAGUGUCAUACGCUGCGCAAAUCGUAAACGGUGCUGUGUCCCUAGUCGUUUCUUAACAGUCCGGCCAAUGACAGUCGAAAGCAUGGAGCCCUGGACCGUUCCUCACACGCCCAAAGCAGUAAAACAUAAGACCAGACCUGGCAGUAGGGGUAUAUAAAUAGACAGCAUGGAUAGAAAUGGCUUUGUUUCAGGUUCCUUAAC